AUUAGAUUCAAUCACUCUCACUAACUCAAACUUCCCCUCCUCCCCUUGUUUACAUCGAAACAUUUCUCCUCGGAGGAAAGAAGAAGGAUCUGCUUCUCUUAUCCAGCAAUGGACGCUUCAAUGAUUACAAAUUGCAAAUCCGUUACCUCCCUUCCCUCUUUGUUCCUGGGGAUGUCGGGAGGUAGUAUUAGAAGCUCCCAGUGUAAUGUCAUGGUGGGACAAACGGUUAGCUUCCCGAGGCAAAAGACUCUGACUUUGAAGGUCAGCCGGAACGUGAAGAGAAGGAGUGGUGGUGGUGGUGGUGCACUUGCUGCUACUUGCAGCAGCGGAGAGAAGAUUCUCGUGGCUAAUAGAGGUGAAAUUGCUGUUCGUGUUAUCCGAACUGCUCAUGAGAUGGGGAUUCCUUGUGUUGCUGUUUACUCCACUAUAGACAAGGAUGCACUCCAUGUGAAGUUGGCUGAUGAAGCUGUUUGUAUUGGUGAAGCUCCUAGCAACCAGUCGUAUUUGUUGAUACCGAAUGUUCUGUCAGCUGCAAUUAGCAGAGGAUGUACAAUGCUCCAUCCUGGAUAUGGAUUCCUUGCAGAGAACGCUCUCUUUGUAGAGAUGUGCAGAGAACACAGGAUCAAUUUUAUUGGACCAAAUCCUGAUAGCAUCCGUGUCAUGGGUGACAAAUCAACUGCCAGGGAGACAAUGAAAAAUGCUGGUGUCCCUACUGUACCAGGGAGUGAUGGACUAUUGCAGAGCACAGAAGAAGGAGUCAGGCUUGCCGAUGAGAUUGGAUACCCUGUAAUGAUCAAGGCAACAGCAGGUGGUGGUGGACGUGGAAUGCGUCUUGCUAAUGAACCGUCAGAGUUUGUGAAACUGUUGCAGCAAGCAAAGAGCGAGGCAGCUGCUGCUUUUGGAAAUGAUGGAGUUUAUCUGGAGAAGUACGUGCAAAAUCCCCGGCAUAUUGAGUUCCAGAUUCUUGCAGAUAAAUUUGGUAAUGUUGUUCACUUUGGCGAGCGUGACUGCAGCAUCCAGAGACGUAACCAAAAGUUGCUGGAAGAAGCACCUUCACCUGCACUGACCCCUGAGUUGCGAAAAGCCAUGGGUGAUGCAGCAGUUGCAGCAGCAGCGUCCAUUGGUUACAUUGGUGUUGGUACGGUGGAAUUUCUUUUGGAUGAGAGAGGUUCCUUCUAUUUCAUGGAAAUGAACACUAGAAUCCAGGUGGAGCACCCUGUGACGGAGAUGAUUUACUCCGUUGAUUUAAUUGAAGAACAGAUUCGUGUUGCAAUGGGAGAGAAGCUGCGUUAUACACAGGAUGAGAUUGUGCUUAGAGGACAUUCGAUUGAAUGUCGUAUUAAUGCAGAAGACCCAUUUAAAGGAUUCAGACCUGGACCUGGAAGAAUAACAUCGUAUCUGCCAUCUGGAGGUCCUUUUGUUAGGAUGGAUAGCCAUGUAUAUCCCGACUAUGUUGUUCCUCCAAGCUAUGAUUCUCUUCUUGGAAAGCUUAUUGUAUGGGCUCCAACGAGGGAAAGGGCAAUUGAGCGGAUGAAACGUGCACUUAAUGACACUAUUAUUACAGGGGUUCCCACCACCAUUGAGUACCACAAGCUUAUCCUUGAAGUUGAGGAUUUCAAAAACGGAAAAGUUGAUACAGCUUUCAUCCCCAAGCAUGAAGAGGAAUUAGCAGAGCCUCAUGAAAUUGUGCCAGUGAAAGAUUUGACAAAUGUAGCUACUUAAGAAUUCAUCAGCUCUUACAUGAAACACAUGGAGAAUCAAUUAUUGCCAAUGCCCGCAAAGUCUUCUUACCUGGUGUCUUCAUCUUUUAGCAAUUCACAUGAUUUCCACAAUAGUUGUGUUUUUUUUUCCCGUUAAGUUUAUGGUAUUUACAGUAUUUCAUUUCAAACCUCCAAAGACCAUUUUAAGUAUUUUCUACACUGCAAUAGUUGAGUUUUUUAUUUUAUUUUGUUGUUACUAGCAUAUAAUGAAUUCAAACUCCAAACUUGAAAUCACUGUACACACACUUUGGUUCUUGUGGUAUUAUGCAAGACAGAGUUAUC